GGAUGCUGUUGCUGCUGAAGCGGUAUAGAAGGAGGUUUACGGAUUCGAUUUUUUGUAAUAUGGAGUACGAUUGGGAUUGAGGAUGACGGUAUAUUACAGUUGCCCGUGAAACGGAUAUUUUAUCUUGCGACUCGCUUCUUUUGCAAUGUCAUACUCUUCUUGUAACGAAAAAACGAAAGAAGUACGUAAAUAAUUUUUAAACGGCACAGGAAACAACAACUGCACGAGCGGGACGGCUGUGCAGCUGGAAUUAUUCCAGAGGUAAUCUAUGCAGAUUGCUGGAUGCAGAAAGAGGAACAGCGCAAAGGACACGGGAGCAACCUGCUGGCAUUUGUGACUGGAAAUUGGUUCUCAAGCUCAUUCAUAUCUAUUUAACGCUCUUCCUAAGCCUGAAUUGUUUGUGUUUCCGCCACAUUUUACUGAUUGUGAUUCAAAUCAUGAGGUAUCUUCGAACUGCCUGUAAGAUUCAACCGUCUCUAGAAAGAAAAUUGAUUGCGCGACCAAAUGUAUCUGUAUUCACGGUUUGUGUUUGUCGUCCCAGCAGGAUUGUCAAGAAGAUUCCAACGAAGUUUCGAUGCAUUUCAUGCGUGCGCAGCGUGCACAGUCUCAUAUUUAUUUCGGAGGUAGUCACCAAUGAAUUAUUUCUUGUUUUGUACUAAUGCUGUCCGUUGGCCAUGUUGGUUUUCGUGUUGUAAUGCGCCUGUUUGUUGUCAUGGCGAUGGAGCAGACGAAGACAUGAAUGAACUCCUGGCAUUUCACGACCACGUGGAUCGUGAUGCUAUUUCCCCUUUACACGAGGACUACAGUAGAAGUUACUGCACAGAACUAGCAAGUAACAGCAUCGCCGUAUCACCGUCGAUAGCUCUUUUGGCAGCUUCGGAGCAGAUGUUUGCAGAAUGUACGUCCCAGGAAAGUGGGCGGCAAAACGAAAAAAGACUUGCUGUAUGUAGCAAAGCAGCACUCGGCCCGGGCCCUGCUCACAGCAGGGAAGAGGCAGGCGAAGGCAGAGCUUGUUCAGCACAACACGGC